AUGAGCUCCUUUCUCCAAGUCAAGCUACCCGGCGACAGCGCCGCCGGGGGGCUGCUCCAGGACAACAGCACAGCACCCAAGGGCUUCAGCAGCCAGUUGCUGGAGCUGGCAAAGGGCAUUUCAGGGGAGAUUGACAGUGGAGUCGUCAUCAGGACGGCGCUCCUGAGUCUCUUCAUCUGGAAAAUCUGGGACUAUGUGUACAACAUUUACUUUCACCCUUGCGCGCAUCUGCCGGGUCCGCUGCUCUUUCGCAUGACCAUCCUGCCAAAUUUGUACUAUUCUUGGAAAGGAACGAAGCAUCUAAAGGUCGACGAAUUGCACAAGAAAUAUGGCGAUGCGGUGCGAAUUGAGCCAAACUUUGUGUCGAUCAUGAGCCCGAGCAGUGUCCAGGCAAUCUACGGGACGGGCUCACAAUGGGGCAAGGGCUACUACUACUCGCGAGGGCCUGUAGAGAAGCAGGUGCUAGUCAACCUCGCCAGCGCCGUCGACAAGAAAAUCCAUGCUCGCAAGCGCCGAAUCAUCUCGCACGCAUUCAGCGAAGCGGCCAUUCGAUCGUACGAAGCCACCGUGCUGGACAAGAUUCGCCUCUUCUGCAAGCAAAUCGCAGACCCAAACACCUUUCACGGAGACUACAAGAAUAUGUCACGGUGGUUCUCGUACCUCACCUACGACAUCAUGGGCAAUCUGACAUUCGGUCACGAGUACAACAUGCUCACAAAAGACAAUGAUCAUUUUAUCCAGCCGCUCAUUGACACCUUUCAGCACAUUCAGAUCAUCCUGGGAUGUGUGCCUUGGGUGGAGCGUUUCGGCCUUGGACCGCUCAUGUUCAUCAGCAUGGCUUCUGCGGUCAAAAAGUUCCGAGACUACGUCGCCAACCAAGUCACGCACCGCAUUGACCUAGAAAAGGCUGGCAAAGGCCCGGAUGACAUUUUCAAGCUCUUGCUCAAUGCCGAGGAUAAGAAAACGGGCGAGAAAAUGGAGUUCAAGGAACUGUCAGAUGAAGCUGUGGUGCUUAUCAUCGCUGCUAGCGAUACAACCGGAACAGCACUGACAGGCAUGUCAUUCUAUCUCGCGCGGUACCCAGAGUGCUACAGCAAGCUCAAAGAAGAGAUUCGGUCCACAUUCUCGAGCCUCGAAGAGAUCGUGAGCGGGCCGAAGCUCCUUGGCUGCAAGUAUCUCCGCGCCUGUGUCGAGGAAGCACUGCGAAUGUCCCCCGGUGUGCCAAGCUACCUCGUCCGCGAAUCGCCCAAAGACGGCGUCAUCGAUGGCCACGCCAUCCCAGCUUACGCAAACAUCGGCGUGCCGGGAUGGGCGAUGCACCGCAGAGAGGACGUCUUCCCUGAGCCCCAGAUCUACAAGCCGGAGCGGUGGCUCACCGAGUCAAAGGACGAGAUCGAGAAGCUGAGGUCUGCGCACUUGCCGUUCAGCUAUGGCCCGCGAGCCUGCAUCGGCAAGAAUCUGGCGAUGAGCACCAUCUACCUGACGAUGGCAAGAAUCGCCUUUCUGUUCGAGAUUGAGUCCCGGGAGGAGCUGCCGCUUGAGUUCCAUGUCAAGGACCACUUUGCGGCGGGGGACAAGAAUGGGCCGUUUCUCAAGUUCAUCCCGCGGGACCCUCGGUACCUUGCGUAA